AUGAAGUUCCUCAAGGUCGGACGCGUUGUCAUCAUCACCCGGGGCCGCUAUGCCGGCAAGAAGUGUGUGAUCAUCCAGCCGCUCGACAACGGCACCAAGACGCACCCCUUCCCCCACGCCCUCGUCGCCGGCAUCGAGCGCUACCCGCAACAAAUCACCCGCCGCAUGGGCAAGGCGAAGCAGGCCAAGCGCUCCAAGGUCAAGCCUUUCGUCAAGCAGAUCAACUACACCCACCUGAUGCCCACCCGCUACACACUCGAGCUCGAGAACCUCAAGGGCGUGCUGUCGGCCGACACAUUCAAGGAAGUUUCGCAGAGGGAGGAUGCCAAGAAGACGGUGAAGAAGGCUUUCGAGGAGCGGUACACGUCCGGCAAGAACAGGUGGUUCUUCACUCCGUUACGGUUCUAG